UUAGUAAUUUCAGCAUCUCGGAUUUAAUGUCUGACCUGCAUUGCCAGGAUUCCCUGAAACAUCAAACACGAAUAAACCGGCAAAGGUUGUUGCCCUGUCAAGUAUGGAAGUUGUUGCUGAGUCAAUGGGUUUCAAGAAAUUACAAGAUGAGAGUUGAAGGUCUAUCUGCUAAUAAGACUUUGCAUUUCUCCGUGAUAAUGGAGAUCUUUCAAGUUGCGCCACCAUUCAUCAUGGUUGACAUCCAGAAAGCAGCUGGAGACGCCGAGGAGUAUCUGAAGUUCUACGAGAACUUCUGUAACAAUCUGGAUGAUAUUAUCUGGAGGCCGCCCGAUGAAACUGGCAAGUCAAGGAUCACCAAGACGAAGAGUAAGAGAAGAUAAUCUCACAAUACUCCUGUACAAUAUUGUUGUAGAGGUGUAAACACUCGAUGUUCGAAUUCCGGAGAUCCAGUGACAUCGACUCGUACAACUCCAACAGAGUCUGCUUCCACUUAGGUCACAUGUGAUCCCCUUGUGUUGUGUAUCGUUGUAUGGUGUUUUAGUCUUGAGUUUUUUUGGUAAAGUAAGUAGCUUUUUCUCUCUUGUGAAAUUUUGAUUGUGACUUUGAUAUUUGAUUGUACAAGUUUGUUUGGGUU